AUGGCAGACAAUGCGGAUAGUCAAUACAACAACAGCAAUCGUGCUUUCUUACAAGCUUUCAUAGCUCGUUCGACCCUUACCUUUGACGAAGCCAAACCAUUAUUAGCGGCCAUUUUCACAGCCCACGAGAAACGAGAGACUUUCCCCGAAGAUGUCACCCAAGCCGACUUCAAUUCCUACAUCUCCGCCGCCAACAAUGCCAUCUCCCCCUUCGACCUUGAGAUCCGCAGCACCUAUCACCAAACCACCCGAUCUCGCAUCUACGCUCUCGUAAAUUCAACCAGUGAUCCCAUCACUCAACUAGCGACCAUACAUACACCCGACGAAAUCAGCUUCCUAAAACGGGUCCUCGACGCAAUGUUCGAGACGUACAACACGCCACGUCAUGAAGUCAUGGCUAUCACAUCCAUGCAAGCGAUCAAGUUGCAUAAAACUCUCACAGAAGAUGGACCACAGACGCAGAAUGGAUCUGCAACCCAAGGAAGUGCAGGACAGAGCCUUACGAUGGGCCAGGCGGAGAAGAUGAUGAAGACCUUGGUUGAGGAGGGAUGGCUCGAGAAGAGUAUCAAAGGCUUCUACAGUCUCAGUCCGAGAGCAUUGAUGGAAUUGAGAGGGUGGCUUUGGGAGACAUACAAUGAUCUUGAUGAAGAUGAGGGGGAAGAGGAAAGGGCGUCGAAGAAGAUCAAGCAGUGUUUCGCGUGCAAGGAGAUCAUCACGACGGGUCAGCGAUGUCCUAAGAAAAGCUGCCCAUGCCGUUUGCACGAUAUAUGUGUACAGAACUUUUUUCGAACUCAGAGCUCAAAGAAGUGCCCUCUAUGCCGAACAGACUGGACGGGUAAUGACUUCGUUGGUGAGAAAGCGGCUAUUUCGACGCAGCACAAGCCUGCGAAGAGGAGGAGCGGUAGCGGAGUCGUGGCCAGAAGGGCAUCGCCUGUGGCUCUGGAGGAGGAUGAGGACGUGGAUGAGGCCGGAGACCAGGAAGACGACUAA